GGUACUUCUGGCUCUUCUAGAGAAAAAUCUACUAGAAAGGGUAACCAAUCCAAGAGAGGUGGAAGAGACUUCAGAGAUAAAACUGAAGAAGAACCUCCUAAGCCUGCCGAAGACGUUAAGCCUUUGGAACAAUCUGCUAACAGAUGGGUUCCAAGGUCCAGACAAAGUAAGAAGGAGACUAAGGUUGCUGAAGAUGGUACCGAAAUUUUGGAACCGGAAGAUGUAGAGAGAAAGGUGAAGUCCUUAUUGAACAAGUUGACUUUGGAAAUGUUCGCACAAAUUACUGAUGAUAUGUUGAAGAUCGCGUUCCAAUCAAAGUGGGAAAAGGAUGCUGUUACCUUAAGAAGUAUCGUUUCCUUGACCUUUGCAAAGGCUUGUGAUGAACCAUACUGGUCGGAAAUGUACGCUAAGUUCUGUGCAAAGAUGUGUACCAGUAUACCGGCAGAAGUCGUUGAUGAAUCUAUAACUAUUAACGAUGGUCAUCCAUCUGGUGGUGAUUUGGCGAGAAGAAUUUUGAUCACCACUUGCCAAACCGAAUAUGAAAAGGGUUGGGUUGAUAAAUUACCAACAAACGAAGAUGGAUCCCCGUUGGAACCCGAAAUGAUGUCUGAUGAAUAUUAUGCCAUGGCAGCUGCCAAGAGAAGAGGUCUUGGUUUGGUCAAGUUUAUCGGUCACUUGUACAACUUAAACAUGUUGAACGAUCAAGUUAUCUUCGUUUGUUUGAGAGAUCAAUGUAAGAACACUGUUGAUCCUUCUGAAGAUAGCUUGGAAAACUUGGUCCAAUUGGUCAAGACUGUUGGUCCUAAAUUGGAUGCUGAUGAAAGAAAAAGAGCUAUAUUGAAGAUUGUUUUCGACAAGAUUGAUGAAAUCUUGAAGAAUGUCAAGCUCUCUUCCAGAAUCAUGUUCAUGUUGAUGGAUCUCCAAGAUUUGAGAAAGUCCAAGUGGAUUUCUACCAAGGCUGACGCUGGUCCAAAGACAAUCGAAGAAAUUCACAGAGAUGCGGAGAUUAAGAGAAUGGAAGAUCAAAGAGCCAGUAAUGAGAAGAAGCAAAGAAGAAUAAAUGAAGGCAGAUCUAAUUCCUCUAGAGGUGGAUCC